AUGGCAGCACCAGCAGUAACCGGUCCUUUGAUCAAAUUGAACAAUGGAGUUCAAAUGCCAGCUCUUGGUUUCGGUACAUUUGCCAAUGAGGGUAGCGUAGGAGAAACACACAAGGCCGUCGUGGCUGCACUGAAUGCAGGAUACAGACAUUUGGACUGUGCAUGGUUUUAUCAAAAUGAGGGUGAAGUCGGAACUGGUGUCAAAGAAUUCCUGGCUGCCAAUCCAAGUGUGAAGAGAUCUGAUAUUUUCAUCGUCACAAAAGUCUGGAAUCACCUUCACGACCCUGAAGAUGUUGAGUGGAGUUUGAAGAACUCGUUAGAGAAGCUCCAAACACCAUACAUUGAUGCAUUUUUGAUCCAUUGGCCCAUUGCCGCAGAGAAGAAUCAAGAUAGAUCAGUAAAGAUUGGCGCUGAUGGCAAGUACGUUAUCAAGAAGGAUUUGACAGAAAACCCAGAGCCAACAUGGAGAGCCAUGGAGAAGUUAUACAAGGAGGGACUUGCAAAGGCUAUUGGUGUCUCGAAUUGGACCGAGAAGGGACUUGAACAACUUUUGGCAUUUGCUGAGGUUAAGCCUACCAUUAACCAAAUCGAAAUCCAUCCUUUCCUCCCACAACAAAAGCUCAUCGACUACUGUCUUUCCAAAGAGGUCGUACCAGUAGCCUACUCUCCAUUAGGAAGUCAAGACCAAGUUCCUGGUACCGGUGAGAAGGUAUCCACCAACAAAGAGCUCAAUGCUAUCGCAGAGAAGAAUGGUGUUUCUUUGGCACAGGUAUUGAUCGCAUGGGGAUUGAAGAGAGGAUAUGCUGUUUUACCCAAGAGCAGCAACCCAGGAAGAAUUGCCGGUAAUGCGAAAUUGAUCACUCUCAGUGAAGAGGAUUUCGCGGCGGUUAACAAGGUCGCAGAGGGAAGAGCGACGAGAUUCGUUAACAUGAAGGAUACCUUUGGUUACAAUGUUUGGCCAGAAGAGAAGUAA